CUCUCUCUCUCUCUCUCUCUCUCUCUCUCUCUCUCUCUCUCCCUCUCUCUCUCUCUCUCCCAUCAAACUCCGUGUUUAGAGAGGAGAGUGCAGCCCCAUUCCCUCCACGAUGACACUCUGUAAGAAGACCACAGCGAGUCUUUUCGGAAGAGAUAUUCCUUGGAAAACUGAGGGGCCGGUGACGUGAGGAGCCGCUUGAACAUGAUCUAUCUGCUCUGGGUCCAGAGGAAGCCCCAUGGAGAGCGAUGGUGCAGAAAGGGAUAGCUCCGGUGUGGGUGUCCGCGCGCUGACGGGCUGCGCUCUCUGCGCGCUCAUCCUCUCCACGCUGCUGGGCAACACGCUCGUGUGCGCCGCCGUCAUCAAAUUCAGACACCUCCGAUCCAAAGUCACCAAUUUCUUCGUCAUAUCCCUCGCGGUUUCCGAUCUCUUCGUGGCUGUUCUGGUCAUGCCGUGGAAAGCGGUCUCUGAGGUGGCCGGCUGCUGGCUCUUCGGGAGCUUUUGUGACACUUGGAUAGCUUUUGAUAUCAUGUGCUCGACGGCGUCCAUCCUAAACCUGUGCAUCAUCAGUUUGGACAGAUACUGGGCCAUCUCGAGCCCCUUCCGUUACGAGCGCAAAAUGACCCAAAGGAUGGCGUUUAUAAUGAUCGGGAUGGCUUGGACGCUUUCCGUCCUGAUCUCUUUCAUUCCGGUCAGACUGAACUGGCACAGAGCCGAGGACCCCAGCGCGCCCUUGAACCUCACCGACAGCUCGGAGGACUGCACGGCGACUUUAAACAGGACUUACGCGAUCGCAUCUUCGCUGAUCAGCUUUUACAUCCCCGUUAUCAUCAUGAUAGGGACGUACACGCGGAUCUACCGGAUCGCGCAAACGCAGAUCCGGAGGAUCUCCACUUUGGAGAGGGCGGCCGGGCACGUGCACGACUGCGCGAGCGAGCCGUCGCUGAAAACCACUUUUAAGAAAGAAACCAAGGUGUUAAAAACGCUGUCCAUCAUCAUGGGGGUGUUCGUGUUCUGCUGGCUGCCCUUUUUCGUUCUCAACUGCAUCGUGCCGUUCUGCGACCUGGACACUCUCGGAGACUCUCCGUGCGUGAGCAGCACGGCUUUCAACAUCUUCGUCUGGUUCGGCUGGGCCAACUCCUCGCUCAACCCGGUCAUCUACGCGUUCAACGCGGACUUCCGCAAAGCCUUCAGCACCAUCCUGGGCUGCAACCGGCUCUGCGCGUCUUCCGCGGUGGAGACGGUGAACUUCACCAACGAGCUGGUGUCCUACCAUCACGACACCACUCUGCUCCAGAAGGACGCGCAGGGCGCUUCCGACCCGCAGCGCCUGGUUCUGGUCCCGGGCCAUCACGGGGAGCACGUGGACUUACCUUUCGACAAGGUCUCGGUCGUGUCCGAUUCGUCUCGUGUCCAGCGGAACGCGGUGCUUCCCGCGCUGGAGCAGCAGGAGGGAGAGAUGGAGAUAUCCCUGGAUAUGAUGCCCUUCACCUCCGCGACGCUGAGCGACUGCUGUGGGAUUCCAGGUCAAAUUGAGGACUGUUGACCUGAUUUGUUCCGUGCGUGCCAGUGGCUCUCUGUGGCGAAUGGGUGCCGUCAGAAUGAGACUCCAAACCACUCCAAUCCAUCAGUUAACAUCUCGUGAAGUUAAAAAGUGUUCGUGAGAUGUUGCUUCUGGACAAAAACACAAGACCUCCGACAGAAACGUUGCUUUC